AUGUUUGAGUUUAUUUUCAACUACGUGGAGAAAGAUACGUUCAUCAAGUACCUCCGUCUACUGAUGGUGGUAUGUGUAUACAUAAUUUUCCGUCAAUACUACACCAAAUAUGCCCAAGAUAAGUUGAUUAAACAGCAAGUUGCCCAAGAUGAAAGAGACCAGGCGGAAAAACCAGAAAAGGAAAGAUUGGAAAAAGAGCGUCAUCAAGAAAAGUUACAACAGGAGGCUGCCAGUUUCGGAUGGGGGAAGAAAACCAGACAAAAUGCCAAAGUUCAACAAAGUUUAUUAGAAGAAAAAUUGGAGGUUCUUAGACAAAGAAACCAAUCAGCCUAUGAUGCAGCAGAAGAUGAAGACAUCGAAGAUUUAUUAGAGUAA